UCCUCCCCUCCGACCGGUCCCGAGCCGCAGCCCGUCCCAGCCGCAGCCUCAGCCCGAGGCAGCCGCGCAGCGAGCCGGUGGCGCAGGUGUGUCGGUCCCCGAGCGCCGCGCCCGGGAGCAUGAUCGUGGACAAGCUGCUGGACGACAGCCGCGGCGGAGAGGGGCUGCUGGACGCGGCCGGCGACUGCGGCCUCAUGACCAGCCCGCUGAACCUGGCCUACUUCUACAGCGCGUCGCCGCCCGCCGCCGCCCCCGGCGCCUGCGACGCCGGCUGCUCGGCGUCGGGGCCCUCGGCGCCCGGCUCGCCGGGCUCCGACUCCUCCGACCUGUCCUCCGCCUCGGCCGUGUCCUCCUGCGGCGCCGUCGAGUCCCGGCCGAGAGGCAGCGCCCGCGCCGAGCGGCUGCAAGCUGAGCCCCAUAUGGGGGUUGGAAGGCAGCAGAGAGGACCCUUUCAAGGUGUUCGUGUGAAGAACUCAGUGAAGGAGCUCCUGCUGCACAUCCGAAGUCAUAAACAGAAGGCUUCUGGCCAGGCCACAGAUGAUUUUAAGACACAAGGUGUGAACAGAGAGCAAUUUGCAGAGUUGACAAACACUGUGUCAUAUAGCGGGAAAAGGAAAGGACCUGAUUCAUUGUCUGAUGGACCAGCUUGUAAAAGGCCAGCUUUGCUGCACACCCAGUUUUUGACACCACCUCAAACACCAACACCUGCAGAGAGCAUGGAAGAUGCUCACCCCAGUGAACCCAAACAGGACAGCAGUGCUGACCUGCUUCAGAACAUUAUCAACAUUAAGAAUGAAUACAGCCCGGUCUCCCUGAACACUGUCCAAGUUAGCUGGAUGAGCCCUGCGGUGGUCCCUCAGAGCUCUCCCCACGAGCAGUGCCAGGACUUCCGUGGAGGGCAGAUCUUCAGUCCACCUCAGAAGUACCAACCUUUGCAAGUCAGCAGCUCCCCACACAUGAUGGAUCAGGCUUCCAUGUACCAGUAUUCUCCUCAGAACCAGAACAUGCAGCCGCAGCCGCAGCCGCAGUCACAGCACUAUACCCACAACCCAGCUCUGGAAUACAGUCCUUAUUCCAGAACUUCCCAGUCUCCCAACUAUGAACCAAACUUCUUUGGUGACCAAGAACUACAGUUCUGCUCAAACCAAAGUUUUGCAUCCCUUUUAACUAGUCACGGGGAAUGUGAGAAUGUUGCUGUUCCCAUUCAGACUUCCCCCAGUGUUCAGCAACAAAAUGACACCCACCUGCAAAACUUCAGCAUGAUGCCGCACAGUGCCUGUGAGGCCAUGGCGGGGCACGAUGCAGGCUCUGUGCCUUUAAGCACCUCACUGCCAUUCCAGAACAUCAUCGGAGAUUCAACGAACACCACACAGUUAGGGAAGUCAUUUUUUCAGUGGCAAGUAGAGCAGGAAGAAAGCAAACUGGCAAAUAUCUCCCAAGACCAGUUUCUUUCAAAGGAUGCAGAUGGUGACACGUUCCUCCAUAUUGCUGUUGCCCAAGGGCGAAGGGCACUUUCCUAUGUCCUUGCAAGAAAGAUGAAUGCACUUCACAUGCUGGAUGUUAAAGAGCACAAUGGACAGAGUGCCUUUCAGGUGGCGGUGGCUGCCAAUCAGCAUCUUAUUGUGCAGGAUCUGGUGAACCUUGGAGCCCAGGUGAACACCACCGACUGCUGGGGGAGAACCCCUCUGCACGUCUGUGCUGAGAAGGGCCACUCCCAGGUGCUUCAGGCAAUUCAGAAGGGUGCGGUGAUGAGCAAUCAGUUUGUGGAUCUUGAGGCAACUAACUAUGAUGGCCUGACUCCUCUGCACUGUGCGGUCGUGGCCCAUAAUGCUGUGGUGCAUGAACUCCAGAGAAAUGAACAGCCACAUUCACCUGAAGUUCAGGAGCUUUUACUGAAGAAUAAGAGUCUGGUUGACACCAUUAAGUGUCUGAUUCAAAUGGGGGCAGCAGUGGAAGCUAAGGAUCGUAAAAGUGGCCGCACAGCCCUGCAUUUGGCAGCUGAGGAAGCAAAUCUGGAACUCAUUCGCCUCUUUCUGGAGCUGCCCAGUUGCCUGUCUUUCGUGAAUGCAAAGGCUUACAAUGGAAACACUGCCCUCCAUGUUGCUGCCAGCCUGCAGUAUCGGGUGACGCAGCUGGACGCAGUCCGCCUGUUGAUGAGGAAGGGAGCAGACCCAAGUUCUCGGAACUUGGAGAACGAGCAGCCAGUGCAUUUGGUUCCUGAUGGCCCUGUGGGAGAGCAGAUCCGACGUAUCCUGAAGGGAAAGUCCAUUCAGCAGAGAGCUCCACCAUAUUAGCUCUAUUGACUUGGAGCCUGGUCGGCAACACUCACUGUCAGUUAGGCAGUCCUAAUGUAUCUGUAUAUAGACCAUUUGCCCUGUAUUGGCAAAUGUAAGUUGUUUCUAUGAAACAAGUAUAUUUAGUUCACUAUUAUAUAGUGGAUUAUAUUAAAAGAAAAGAAGAAAAAUAUUUAAUUCCUCUUGGCAGAUUUAAAUAUUUCAUACCCAGGUAUCUGGGAUCUAGACAUCUGAAUUUAAUAUGAAUGGUAAAAUUGAUUUCAAUUAAUAGUAGCUUUUGGUUAGGAAAUGACUUUGAUUUGUUGCAUAUGGCAUUGCUCAUGUAGCUAUUGCCAGUUUAAAAGCAGGUAAAUUGUAAACUUUCGUUUGGCCUGAUGCAAUAUCUGAUAGUUAUUGGUGUUGGAAAGUCUCUAGUCAUUGGACUAGAUGAAAGGUGUCAUAGUUACAAUUUGAUUUUUCAAACUGUAUAUAAUUGUUAUUUUCAUUUUUUAAAUGUUUGUACAUAUUUGGUCAUGAACAUGGCCAUAUUUGAAAUGUGUAAAUCAAUAAAGUAGAAAAGAAUAA